AUGGCUGGCUUUUUCUCACUAGGCGGAGGCUGCGGCGGCGGAGCCAAUAGAAGCAAUCAAGAACAAGAAAGCAGUAGCCACCACAACAAUCCACCCUCAGAUAUCAACCCAGAAAGCUGGUUUUUGUUCAGAAAUGAAGACAUACCAUAUAAAAGCUUGCAACUUUGGCAGAACCACCCAAAUCAGCAGGAAAAUCAACAUUUCCUCCAACGCCAGCCCAACCAGAACCAUCCGCUUCAAGAUCUCUAUGCAUCAGCAGGAGGAUUAGGCGUUGGAGUUGGGCCGAGUAGAACCGCCUUCGAAAUCUCGAAUGAUUCUUCUAGGUCAGGAUUUCUUAUGAUGGGGAGCAGCGGCGGAGGUGGUGCUGGUGGAAUUAGCUGCCAGGAUUGUGGGAAUCAAGCUAAGAAAGAUUGUUCUUAUAUGAGAUGUAGAACUUGCUGCAAGAGCCGAGGGUUUCAGUGCCAAACUCAUGUUAAGAGCACUUGGGUUCCUGCUGCCAAAAGAAGAGAGAGACAACAACAGCUUGCUUCUUUGCAAGAACAACAGCAGCAGCAGCAACCACAAAGAGACACUGCAAAAAGGCAAAGAGAGAAUCCAAAUGCUUCUUCCUCUCUUGUUUGCACUAGAAUAAUCGCUAAUGCAUCAGGGUUAGAACUUGGGAAUUUCCCAUCGGAAGUGAAUUCGGAGACGGUUUUUCGCUGCGUUAGAGUAAGCGCCAUUGAUGAUGCUGAAGAUCAGUAUGCAUAUCAGUCGGCAGUGAACAUUGGUGGACAUGUAUUUAAGGGUAUUCUAUACGAUCAAGGCCUUGAAAGCCAGUACAUCGCCGGAGACACCUCAUCUGGUGGUGGAAGUGUCAGUGCAGGAGUUCAACAACUUAAUUUAAUAACUGGAACGGCCAAUUCUGCCGUCACAGCCUCCGCCGCUGGUGGUGGUGGUUCUUCUCCUUCACUUGACCCUUCUUUAUACCCAGCUCCGCUCAACACUUUUAUGGCUGUCUCAGGAUUGAUUAUGCACAGAGUCCAAUGCCUACUGCAGAUGUAUAUAGAAUUGCUCAGAUUGUAG